AUGGUUGCUAAAAGGAAAGCUGGUAUAUUUAAAUCUAAGGCCUAUCAUGCAUUGAUGAUUUCACCUUCUUCUAAGUUUUUUCAUGUCCUUCUUGCCCUACAAGAGCCUCGGUGUUUCAAGUUUGUUGCCAAACAUCCUGAAUCGAUCUUGGCUAUGGAUGAUGAAAUACAAGCUUUGAAGAAGAAUGAUACUUGGGAUCUUCUACCUCGCCCUCUAAAUCAUAAUAUGGUUGGUUGUCGUUGGAUCUUUAAGACCAAACUCCAUGUUGAUGGUUCCAUUGAGCAUCAUAAGGCUCGUCUUGUGGCCAAGGGCUUCUCUCAGAUUCCUGGCCUUGAUUUUGAAGAUAUGUUUAGCCCUGUGGUGCAUCCUGCUACUGUUCAGAUUAUCCUAUCCAUUGCAGUCACUUCUAGAUGGCCCUUACAUCAAUUAGAUGUUAAGAAUGCCUUUCUCCAUAGUCAUAUUCUGGAAAAUCAGGCUGAUUCCUCUCUGUUUGUCCAUUAUACCAUGUCAAGCACAAUUUAUCUCUUGCUAUAUGUCGAUAAUAUGGUGCUUACUGGCAACAAUACUGCUUUGAUAAAGACUCUUAUCACACGACUGUUCAAAGAACUUGCUAUGAAAGAUUUGGGUUCUCUACACUAUUUCCUUAGUGUCGAAGUCCAACCUAAUUCUCACGGCUUAUUUCUUAGCCAAACCAAGUAUGCUCUUGAUCUCCAACAACGUGCUGACAUGGUUAAGGCCAAACCCAUUACCACUCCCUUUGUAGUUGGUCAACAUCUCUCAAUCGAAGGGAAGCUAUUUUUGGAUCCCACCCUUUUUUGGUCUCUUGCCGGAGCUCUAAAGUAUUUGACCAUUACUCAGCCUGAUCUCUCAUUUAGUGUCAAUUCCAUUUGCCAGUACAUGCAUGAUCCAACUAAAGAUCAUUUUUUAGUACUCAAAGGCGCAGUCCAUCAUGGUCUUCAACUUCACCGCACCCUUUCCCAUGAGUUGCUUGCUUAUUCUUAUGUUGAUUGGGCGAGUUGUCCUGAUACACAUUUAUUUACCACCAGCUAUGUUAUAUUCUUGGGUGCUAAUCUUGUUUCUUGGUGCUCUAAGAAACAAUCCACUAUUUCUCGCUCCAGUGCUGAAACUGAGUAUAGGUCCUUAGCCGUUGCUACUGCUGAAGUUGCUUAG